UGUGACAAAUAAUUUAUUUAGCAUAGUAGGCCCUGCUUGAUACUUCAAAUUACUCUUCACCCAGUCGAUUUCAUUAUACGCUUGUAUACAGAUUUUGUUUCGAUAAGAAAAUAUUCCAACAACUGGCAAAAAGUAAAAAAGUGCCAACAAAACAUAAAAAGCUAACUAAAGUGGCCAUGCACAACUUAAUUAAGAGCCGUGCCCUCUUCGAGAUCCUCAGGAAUCCUUUGCCAGAGGAUUACUUUGACCAGGACAACGAGGAACUGGAGGUUGUAAGAGCGGAGGGGAAUAUGAAUGAGAUUGAGAACAUGGCUGGCGGAGGUACAAUUAUGCUUAACCCCAACACACCGGAAUUCGUGCCGGGCUUAAAAAAAGGCGAAUCUACCAAAGAUGAAGACAAAGUCAAUUUGACUGAAUUCAAGAAAAAGUUUCAGACUUCGGAUGAGCAGAAGGAAAAACUAACUUCAUCAUCGAAGGGAUCUUCCGAGAAUACUGAGAAGUCAGCUUUGGUUGUUCUAUCAAAAGACGAAGACCAUACGAUUGUGCCCCGCAUAAAGGGAUUGAAAAAAUCCACAGAGGAUGAUCCUCCUAAGCGCGAGGAGCGCACGGUUUCCAAGCAGAUUCCGCCGGCUGUCAUAAAGUUAUUUAGUGCCACGGAGAAGCGUCGCUCUCAUCGCCGAAAAGUGGCGGUGGAAGCCGUGUUAUUGGCGGAAGAAAGACGCAUGAGGACUGAAUUAGUUUCCACCAAGGAUGGACCAGGUGACAGCACUAAGAUGGUCCAACCAGAGGUUCAUCUCUCCCGAUCCCCGAUUAAGUUUUCGCCAGAGGAAAGGGUAAGAGUGGACCGCAUGAGGAUCGCAAAGAGGGAGCGCAUCGAGAAGGCUCUCAUGGAAAUGGAAAUGGAGAAGAAGGCGCUGGAUCUGCUGGAUCAGCAGAAAAAGGAUGGCGAAAGGAAGGACAAGUCGGGAGCGACUGGCCGCAAAAGAUAUAUACCCACCAGCAAGGAAUGGGAUGAACAGCGUCGGGCAAAGCACUUGGCCAGACUAAAGUCCGAAAAGGGGAAUGCCAACGGCCAGCAGGCGAGCCAAACCAAGAGCCCUGCGACGGAAUCCCUUGGCGGCAAUGGCAUGUCGGUGGUGAUCUCGAGCGAGCAGAAUCCUGAAGGCCUUGCUGAAGGGGAGACGCGCCGGGGAAAUCUCACCCACUUUAAGUACCUACACACACACCAGCCACGUCGCGCAUUCCACAAACCAUUACAGAUUCUAAUCGAAGAGAAAGGAGGAGGACUCCUGCAUCGUUAUAGCAUUGAAACCUUGCUGGAACUCGAACCGCAACCUGGGGAUCUCGAAAAACCCAGUAUCGAUGAUGCUUUCCAUAAAUUGGGAUUUAUUUGCAAAUAAUCACAGUUUCACAACGAUUCGUUUAGCCUUAUCUUUUUAGCUUCUGUUUUGUUUUCUUUCUUUCUUUGUUUUGAGUUCACAAUUAUAAUUUUUUCCAUAGACAGAUAACUUUGUUAAUGGUGUUCAGCCAUGUAUCAUUUUAAAUGCAAUAAAGCUUUGUUUUCGAGUUUGGCUGCAAACUA